CAGCCUGUCUGACAGAGAGAGCAAAAAAGUGUGUGUAUGUGUGUGUGUGUGAGAGACACACAGAGAAGCAGCCGAGAUGAUAGUGUGAAGCAGUGAGAGGGAAAACCUAGAAAAAAACAGUGAAGGCAAUCAAAAGGGGGGGAGGGCGACAGUGAAAACAGCCAAAAGGCAGACCACAGAAGAAGAAAGAGGGAAAAGAGGAGGGAGAAAAAGUGUGAAUGUACUAUGUCUGGUAGUCCUGGGAACAAAAUCAGGUGAUGCGAUGACUAGAUGAUCAGCCACUUCACACACCAGCAUCCUGUCCUGGAGUCUUGACAGGACGGGACAAGAUCAUACACACACACACCAAAGGAAAGACAAUAUCUGCAAGCCCUCCCACAUCCACUGGACCAUGUCUUCUACCGGUUCAACCAUCCACAACAAGCGUCUGCCAUGACAUGGCCUGGGCAGUCGACUUAUGUAAUGGACUUUUGCAGUGAUGUGUCGAGGGCGGAGACAGACAACUCUCAGCGGGUGUUGGACAAUGAUUCUGCCCAGCACAUGAAGCGAAAAGAGAGACAGCGCUUUUUUGAAGACGUAUACCAGCAUGACUUGGACAACAACUUGCCCUCUGCUCACCUGCAGGUCAGCUAUAGGAAACCCCCUAUGGGAAGUAUCUCUUCUAUGGAGGUUAAUGUGGACGUCUUGGAGCAGAUGGACCUGAUGGACAUCUCUGAUCAGGAGGCCCUGGACGUGUUUCUAAACUCAGGCUCAGGAGCAGAGGAUGGAGAGCUGGCAUCUCCACUACCAGAAGUGGAGGACGACGAAGAAGAAGACGAGGAGGAGGAUGAAGAUGCAGAGGUUGUAUACAGGGAGCGAGCACCUUUGAAACGGCAAGAUGAAGUUCAGUGCGGAUCAAAGUCACGUAUAUCCUCUACAUCAUCUGGUUCAAGUGACACCAGCGGGGGUGGAGUCGACACGCCUGUGAUCCAGUCGGACGAUGAAGAAGUCCAUGCCGACACUCUGCUGCUCACCUCUGUUCCCCACACGAGGGAUGAAGAAACAGAGGAGGAAGACGAGGAGGAAAAAUGCCUUGUACCUAAAUCUCCAUAAAGACUGAGUUUUACUCUCUGUAGAGAUACUUGUGUAAAAAAAAAGUUAAAUGCCAUCCUUUUGGGGGGAAAACCCUAGCAUGGUUGUCCUUGCUGUGAUUUGCAUUUACAUUCUCUUGAAUGUUUCCCUGACUAUUGGAUUUUUCUUUACAUCUCAAAAUCUAUUUUUCAUAGUAAGUGUUAAACACUGUAUUUAACUAAUGUUUAAAUUCUCUUUCCUGUGUGCGUGUCUAUACUUUGCGUGAGUCACUAUGAGUCAUCUCUCCCCUUUAUUAUCAUAUAUUUUUGGCUGAUAUUCAAAAUUGAGAUCAUACCUCUCAAAGGAGUUCCCAGCCUAAUACUGAGAAUGAAAGACGUCAAACGUGUUUACAGUAAACAUUAAUCCGUGUUUAAUAAGAGCAAAAUUAAUCAACAAUCAAGUCAGCAAUAGUGAGCUAAACCCCCUCAAAAACUGGAAUUUCUUUUUUGUUCAUGUGCAUGAGCAAACUAUUUACAGUAUCAUUCAUAGAACUGUUUGUAAAUGCUUGCCAUUUUGUUCUUGUAAGUGACUACAUUUCAUGUUUUCAAUGAUGUAACUGCAGUGUUGCAUUACUGUACUCAUUAGGAUGUCUCUUCUGUCCUCCACAGCAGGUGUUUUAGGAUACAAUUGACAAUGUAGUGAGUGUUUCAGAUGACAUGCAUGUUUUUGUUUCUGCACAGUGUAUUUCUGUGUGUGUGUGUGUGUGUGUGUGUGUGUGUGUGUGUGUGUGUGUGUGUGUGUGUGUGUGUGUGUGUGUGUGUGUGUGUGUGUGUGUGUGUGUGUGUGUGUGUGUGUGUGUGUGUGUGUGUGUGUAAGGGUGUCAAUGGUAAAUACUACAAUGCAACAGGUAUGCCCUGGUUGGACAUACGCUGAUUUCAAAACAUCCAUUUCACAGUGUUGGUCUUGCUGUGAAUCGUUCUCCCAUGCGUACAUCUUGCUAUGAACUUAAUAAAAAUGACACAGAGUUUAAAAACAUAUGAUUUUACUUUUUAAAUUAUACUGUAUCUAUAUACAUGCCUUUGCCGUCUGUCUUUAUGUUGGACUCUCUUUUUGGAGCCCUUGUAAGUGUAGCUUAAGAUAUGUUGGUUGCUGUAAUUAUUUCUCCUGUUCAUACUGGAUACUAGUGUUGUCACAAUACCAGCAUUUUUGUUUCAAUACCGAUACCAAGUCAGUUUUGUUCAACACCUGUAUGAGCUUGUGAAAGCAGGAGAAUCUGUUUCCCACUUGACAUUUGUUUUUUCAUCACAUCCAUAAA